UGUAAAAAAAAUGGCGGAAGGAUUGCGAGUUGUCUCUUUUGAAAAAGGUUGUACUGUUGAAUGUUGUAUGUUUUAGCAAGGAAAGAAGACAUCGAAGAGAAGCUGCGAAAUGAUGGCGGCUACGAAGAUAUUACAUCACUACUGACAGACCUGAACAACGCAUGUGUCACGUUACAUCAGUUGCAGACUACAGAGAUUGUUAAAGUCCUUUAUAAAUUAAUUAAGUUCUGCCCGGUUGUGAGUGCUAGAAUAACAGCAAAGGGCAUACUUUCAAAAUGGAAGAAGUUGUACAAGUUGUCAUCUGUCCUUAAAGGUAAUAACAAAGACGUGUGGGAGGACAAGGGACCAGAAACACACGACCUGCCUAAUGUUGAGGUGUCCCACUUAAAUGAAAAGGGGAUUGAGAAUCAAGCAUUUGCAUGCAACACGGAGCAACAUGAUACAACAGUAAAGGAUGUAAACCAGGACAGAUGUGAUGCAUGCUUAAAUAAACUGUCUCUUGAAAAGCAUUGUCCAGCGAAAGAUGCUGCAGAACGUGUUCAGCUACCAGCUCCAGCUGCAGCGUCACAUAGUACAUCUCAUUCAGAGAAAGAUUCUCAAACUUCAGUUCCUCAAAACGCCAGUCAGCCCAGCGCCUCCUCUGACUCCAUUACAGUGAGAUCCAAAUGUGUCUGUUUGAUCGCCCAGGCUCUUACUUUAAAUCAUCAAAUAGACUCAGAUGUUAUGAAGAAACGCAAAGCCCUCGCCGAGGACAUUGAAACACGCGUUCAUGAUCUUCACGGACGAAACCAGCUCAAGUACAAGUCCUGCAUCAGGAGCAAGGUAGCCAACCUAAAAAACCCGAAGAACCCCCACCUGCGCCAAGGCCUUAUAUCAGGACACCUGACUCCAGAUGCAUUUGCCCGGAUGUCAGUGGAGGAAAUGGCAGGGGAGGAACUUCGACAGCUCAGGGAAGGUUACACCACUAUGGGCAUCAGUGAGCAUCAGUUGCCAGAGGCAGUGGAAGGGACAGCCACCAAUAAAGUUCGCUGCAGGCGCUGCGGGGGUUUGGACUGUAAGGUGACACAGGUCUCACGAGGGACACUCUUCUUGCCAUCUUGGGUACGGAGUGGCAGUGCAGAUGAUGAUUCAAUGACUUUCAUGACGUGUGCAAGCUGUGGAGAGCAAUGGUACCACAGCAGCUGGGUUUGCCUUUGAGCAAGUGUGUAUAUUUAUAAUUGUAAUAAAGAUGGAUAGUAAUAUUUU